CGCAGUUCCAUCCCGCGAGCGGACGGUGCUGGACCCAGGGGCGGGGCAGGGGCCCCUCAACUUUUCCUGGACCCAGGGCGUCGGCAGCGGCGGCCUGACGCCCGGGACUCGGCCAGAGUGGGGAACCCGGACCUAGAAGGGGGCUUCCAGGAGACAAAGGCUGUGACCGGGGGCCGUGGGUGUGGGCCGGCGCCUCUGGGGUCUUUGUGCGGACACGUGCAUCUCGCGUUUGUGGGUCUUUGUGAAUUUGGUCCGGGGACAUGCAUCUGCCUGUGCCUUUGUAUGUCCGUGAUUUGAGGAGGCUGUUUUGCGCCUGUGUCCACGUUUCGUGGGCCCGCGUUUGGUUGUGAGUGCUGGUGGGCGCAUCGUUGUGUCCGCGUACGUGGUCCGUGCCUGUCGACGUGUCUGGGUUGGGUGUCCGUGGAGUAUGUGCGCGCCGAGAGCCAGACACCGCCCCAACUCCUCGCUCCCUUGCUGUCCACCCGGGCCCAGACUUGGCUUCAAACUUUUCUCCCGGUUCCUCGGCAACAGCGCCCGUCCUCCUCCCCCUGCAGCCCGGGCGGGGGUCGCUGGCAGCCCUCCCCUCAUUCACCUCCAGUGGUCCUUAGAGCCGCGAGGGGAUGGGAUAGGAUUGGUGGGUGGGGCAAUCGGCAGCGCCUGAGGACUGACCCGAGCCGAGGCUGGGCAGAGCGUGCCGCACACGCCAGCCGAACCGGCUGGGAGGAGAGAGAACUGACUAAGCCACUGGGGGCCGGGACGUUAAUGGAAUUUCCACCCGGGGAUUUCGUUGGCGUCGGCUUGAGGGAGCUCACGAUGAACAUAAGUAGGGUUGGAGGCAUCUCAGCAUGGAGCAGCUGGUGGAGACAGAGCCCGUCUCAGCCCACACCAUGCUGUGGCCCCUGCUGCUGUUGCUGGCCUCCGGUGAGGCCCAGACCACCCGGCCCUGCCUCCCUGGAUGCCAGUGUGAGGUGGAGACCUUUGGCCUCUUCGACAGCUUCAGCCUGACGCGGGUGGAUUGCAGCGGCCUGGGCCCUCACAUCGUGCCCGUGCCCAUCCCCCUGGACACAGCCCACCUGGACCUGUCCUCCAACCGGCUGGAGAUGGUGAACGAGUCCGUGCUGGCAGGCCCGGGCUACACCACGCUGACCGGCCUGGACCUCAGCCACAACCUGCUCACCAGCCUCUCGCCCACGGCCUUCUCCCGCCUUCGCUACCUGGAGUCGCUUGACCUCAGCCACAACGGCCUGGCCGCCCUGCCCGCCGAGAGCUUCACCAGCUCGCCCCUGAGCGACGUGAACCUGAGCCACAACCGGCUCCGCGAGGUCUCCGUGUCCGCCUUCGCCACCCACAGCCCAGCCAGGGCGCUGCACGUGGACCUCUCGCACAACCUCCUCCACCGCCUCGUGCCCCACCCCGUGCGGGCCAGCCUGCCGGCGCCCACCAUUCAGAGCCUGAACCUGGCCUGGAACCGGCUCCACACCGUGCCCGACCUCCGGGACUUGCCCCUGCGCUACCUGAGCUUGGACGGGAACCCACUGGUGGCCAUCGGCCCAGGGGCCUUCGAGGGGCUGGCGGGCCUUACACACCUGUCGCUGGGCAGCCUGCAGCGUCUCCCCCAGCUGGCGCCCUAUGGCUUCCGCGAGCUGCAGGGCCUGCAGGUCCUGGAUUUGUCAAGCAACCCCAAGCUCAAGUGGGCAGGACCCGAGGUGUUCUCGGGCCUGGGCUCCCUGCAGGAGCUGGACCUGUCAGGCACCGGCCUGGUGCCCCUGCCCGAGAAGCUGCUCCUCCAUCUCCCAGCGCUGCAGAGCGUCAGCGUGGGCCAGGGCGUGCAGUGCCGGCGCCUGGUGCGGGAGGGCACCUACCCCAGGCAGCCUGGCUCCACCCCCAAGGUGGCCCUGCACUGCGUAGACACCCAGGAGUUAGCUGCCGGGGGCUCUGAUGCCUUGUGACGAAUGGUGUGGCCUGGGGCCAUGUAACAGACUUCGCCCUGGGCUCCCUCGGGUCCUGGGUAAUUUAUAUUUUAACGUGCCAAUGCCAGCAGGGACGCUGCAGGCCUGUGUGGCAGCAUCAUUGAAAGAGAGGCUUUGGACCUGGGACCCACACCCAGGAGCAAGGUUUUGCCCGUUUGUCUGUGUUGCUCCCCAGACCAUAAGCCGAGUGUCUUUGAUGCCAAACCAGACAGCAGUUCCCUGCUGUCCUUCCCUACUUGUCCCCAAAGUGCCUUCCCUGAGGCCUGGACCAACCUGACCCAUGACAGGAGGAGGGCGGGCGGGAGGCAGUGCUGCGGGGCAGAGGUCCAGCCACUCAGGCAUGGGUUUCUUUUACGACACAACCCUCUCUUUGCUCUGGGCGUGUGAGGCCUACUUCAUCCUUUUUUCUUCCCCUAGAACUCUGGAUAGAACUUUAUAGAAAGGACUGGAGAAAAACACCUAGUCCACCUCCUCAUGUGCCAGAUGGGGAAACUCAGGCCUAGGGAAGGAAAAAUGCUAUUCUGAGGUCCUACAGUGGCAGAAGCGUGGAUGGACCCAAUGUCCAGCCUCCCAGCAGGGCCCCUUUGCACUUUUCUCUCUUCUCUAAAUCAUGCCCUCCCUCUCCCCUUUCUGGGCUCCCCCUUGCUUCCAAGACUCACAUCCUGCCAUUUGUGCCCUUUCCCUGUCGUCCCCAGGAGGAGAGGCCUCUGGGCCCGGUAACCGGCUGUGGCACAAGCUAAGUCAGUUCACCUCGGAGCCUCUAGAAGCCUCAGGGAUACCAGUCCCAGCCCUGCCGGUUUCCCACUCUGGGGUGGGGUCCCCGAGCAUCAAGAAUGGAAAUGCGCCCAUUGACCCCUGAGGUACUGCCUCUAGAUGCAGUCCUGGAGCCCCUCCAGGCCCUGAGCUCCUGAGCUCCCUCAGACCCCACUGGCCCUAUGCCCGACAGCCCAGCUCAUCCUACUGAGAAUGCAGUGAAGGAGGUAAGGGAGACCCCACCCAUGUUUAUGCUCUGCCACCAGGGUGCCAUCUCAGCUUCCCAGCCCUGGGCUCUCUCCUUAGUAUGGGGUUAAUAAAAGUUGUUGCCUUUUUAAUGGACUGUCACUUUCGGCCACCCCCCGUCCAGGUCCCUGCUGGCAGGGGAUGGAAACAGGCCAUUUGUAAAAGAAGAAAGACAUUGCAUUUGUUCCCUUUUGUAAUAUUGUGUCCUGGGGAUGGGUUGGGGGAGGAGGCAUUGGGUGAAAGCCAGCCAUACGUGGCCAUGUGGGCGUCAGGGGGCUGGUCCCACAGGGAUGCCCACAGGACAAUGAGAGCUCUGUCCUCCCCCACCGGCCCUACCCAACACCUGGUCCUUGGUUUAAUAAACACUAUAAAGAGG